CCUUAAGCACCUCCAGUGGUUGCUAGUUCAUACUCUUUGUCUGGACCUACAUCGCUACAGAUGAAGAAGGUGGAGUCAGGUUUUGCACAUUUGGUUCAAAAGAAACAAAAUUCUCUAUUAAAAGUUAAGUUGGGACUCUGCUUAAACAGAACUUCACGUCCAGCACAAGAGGAGAGAGUGUGAGAGAAAGAGAAGGAUGGCAAGAAACAGGAAAGUAUUUAUUGAUCUGGUAGAUAAGGCAAUUGCCACUGGUGACACAAUGAAGAGUGAAGGUCUGCUAUUUUCCUACAAGGGGAUAUUCUACCCAGCUACUGUUUGUAGUCCUGAGCAAUUCAAAGCUUUGGAGGCAUUUGAAGCAAGAAGUGAUGAUGUCAUCCUAGCAGGGUACCCUAAAUCUGGUACAAAUUGGGUAGGCCAAAUUAUAACUGACUUGGUAACAACAUGUGCAAAGAAUAAUGGGCAUGAAACAAAUAGUGCAUUAAUAUUCUGUAAUUACAGCACAUUAAGUUUAGUACCUGUAAAAACAGGUACUAAAUGUGCACGGAUGAAGAAAUUACCUUCUAGAAGAAUUAUAUUUACUCAUCUCAUGCCUCACAAUCUACCUGAGUCAAUCUUCAAGAAUAAAACGAAGAUCUUGCUGCUUCUUCGCAAUCCAAAAGAUGUAGCUACCUCUUAUUACCAUUUUUCCAAUGGCUUGUCUCCUCUUCCAUCCUAUGAGACCUGGGAUGAAUUCUUCACAGCUUUCAUGACAGGAAAAAUGCCCUGGGGCUUCUAUUUUGACUAUAUUUUUGAAUGGAACAAACAUAUUGAUGAUGAAAACAUUAUGACAAUAACCUACGAAGAGCUGAAAGAGAAUCGGGCUAUGGGUGUCAAAAAGAUAGCUGAAUUCUUUGAGCUGUCUCUGACUGAAGAGGAGCUUCAAGGUGUGGUAGAUAGGAGCAGCUUCCAGGCUAUGAAAGAGAAUUCUGAGAAAACGCAUGGAGCAUUUGGCAAUGUUCUCUUCCGCAAAGGUGAUUAUCCAAAAAGCUCCAGAGACACGAGAAACAAUCUUCCAGUAGCUUUAGCAAACCAUUCCCAGAUUCUCUUUUUAGAUUUAAUGUUGGAAUUUAUUAUCAUUUGUAUGUCAGUGGCUGCAUCUACAUGUGCAAUUAGCAUGGCUGUAUAA